UACAAGAAAAGAUCUCAUUUAUAGCAUUUCACCAUAGCGUUUUUUUCACAAGUGCUAUGUUAUAUAAGUUGGUUAUAAUUCAAUAGCGUUUGUACUUUUUAAACGCUAUCAAAAUAAGACACCACCCCCAAAAAUGAAAGCGGCAAUGAUAAACAGAAGCGCGGGGUUUAAAUUUAGUGAAAAAACAUUCUUUCGCGGCCAACCAAAGGACAGUCUCAUUUAUAUACUCUCAGCACAUAGGCUUAGAUCUAACCCCCUUUGGUGCACUUUCCUCUCUUCCCCUUCGAUCCAAUUUCUUGACGACAACCAAAAUGCCACACUCCCACUCCCACAGCGAAAGCGACACCGUUCCCCUCCACCCUUCCUCCCAAUCCGACAUCAACGAGAUCAAAAACCAAAUCAAUGCCAGCGUCCAAUCGAGCCCCACCACCGUCCUCCCCGCCAAGCCUCCCAGCCCCACCGCGCCUCCAUCCCCGUCUCCUCCUCCCCCUUCAUCCAAUCUAACCUCCCCAACCGGCCCCUCCCUCCUCUUCCAAGCCCAAGCAGCCGCCGUCUGUCCCCUCCCCUCCUCGCGUCCCCUCCGCUGUCAACAACAACGGCCCCAUCAACAUCGCCGCUUCUGGGUUCGGGUCCCCGCCCAACACCCUAACGGAGCCCGUUUGGGAUACUGUCAAGAGGGACUUGUGUCGGAUCGUCAUCAAUUUGAAGCUCGUCGUCUUCCCAACCCCUACUGUGAGGACCCCGGAAAGGCUCUCAGGGAUUGGGGUCUCUGCGGUCCUUUCUUCUUCAUUGUGUUCUUGGGUCCCACUCUGUCCUGGUCUGCAUCUGUCAAGAAGGUCCAAACCAUCUUCCAAGAGUUGCAAUUGUUAGAAGACCAAAUGGACGCAAUGUUGGUCUGGACUCUGGAGCAAAGCUUUAGAUCUCCUAAAGUGACAAAGGAUGGGAUCACUGUAGCAAAGAGCUUUGGGUUCAGAAUUACAUGCUCAAAUUCCUUGAGCUUUCAAAUGAAAAAGAAACACAGAUCAAGUGGACUUCUGAUAGGGAAUACAGGAGAAAGAUACUGAGGUUACUAACCAUACUUGCCUUGAGAGAUUCAUACUUGAUGAGGUAAGGUAGUAGUCUAGCUAGUUCGUAGCUAGUAUCUGCUAUUAAUUUGCUUGUUUUUUCUUUUUUCUCUUUCUUUAUCUUUAUCUGUUCAUGCAACUAUUUUGAUUUGCCUCCUUAGAUGGAGUAGCUUAUGAGAUUAUAGUGUUUAAUUACAUGAUGGAGACGCUUUAGGAGAAGGGUAGGCAAAUUUGACAAGGUUCUCACAACUCUGCAAUCCACGGUUCCUAAUUGCAGGAGAGAAUUAUUUGUGUUGAUCUAAGUAAGUUGAUUUCUUUACAUGAUUUUUUAUUGUUACGCUUUUUUAUUAUUUUCCUUUUUUCUUUUUUAUAGUUGGUUUAGCACUAAUGACAGAUAGUAAGAAUUGUUCAAAGUUUCUUAUACUUUCUGCCUUGAUAGAUUAAUUAAGUAGUGGCAUUGUUAUUCAUGACCUUUCAUUGAAUGACUAAGCACCCAAGGGAAUCAUAGAAUGAGUACCGGACUACUGGCAUAAUUGACAUUGUAAUUAGUUGAAGUAUAUAAAUUCUUAUGGUCUGCUGCUUAUAACAACUUUGGCUUUGGUUCCGUUUUCUUUGUCGUAAUUAAAAAAGGGAAAGUGCACAAAAUAAGAGAGGUAGUGAGAGAUGAGACUUUGGCCAUUAGUUACAUUAUUGUCAUAUAUAUAUUAGGCCUAAUGCAUGGAGACAAUGAACUGUGAACUUGGAGCUAGAGGGCAGCUCAAGAGGUGGAACAGUCAAGGAGUCGAAAAGUGAAUGGUUCUUUCAAGUUUCUUAUUAGUUGCGAUUGCUGCAAAAUUUAAUUAGCAGUUUUAAUGGCUGUGAGAGGUCUAACAGACCAAUGUGGACAACCACUGCAUGUCUGCAUUAGUAAAGCAUUGUGUGUUCAAGAAAUUAGCAUGUUAUCAACCAGUAUGCUAAAGUUCAUGUGGACAAUCAAAAGAAUGGCCAAGAACAUUGCUGCUGGGUUAAUUCUAGCAAGUUUGUAUCCUUAAUAUUGAGGGGAAAAAAACCUUGUUGGCUGCACUACAAGAAUACUGUUUUUUGAUAGCACAAGUUAAUAUCAUGGCCAGCAGACAAAGUGGUUAUCUUUUAGAGCUCCGUUCAGAGAUGCUAAGAGAGCUAUCUAUGAAGGUUAAAUUGGAGAAGCUAGUAAUGGACUGAUGCGGUCAUGAAUGCUAGGAGCUGCAUACAAGUAUUUUUUGAUUGAGAUAUUGUAGUUACUUGUUUAUCUUUUCCUUAGAAUAUUGAUUAUGCAAACUGAUCGGCUACUAGCUUUUGAGACAAUUUUAUUGAAUUGUAUUUGAAAUUCAUAUAUGAAGUUUGAAUAUUGAUGAGACGAUUGACAUUUUUGUA